AUGGUUGGGGUGGACAAGAGAGCAAGUAAAAACUUAUCGAAAAUGAGCUGGUGGUUCAAGUUCAGGGUUGCAUGUCUACAGGCUUUGAGGGGGGAAGGAAACUAUGCACUCGGCACUCUGCGCUCGCACUCACACCUCAAGCUUCCUUUUCCGAAGGCCCAACCAAGGCCUCUAACUGGAUAUCGUAAAGCCCUGUCUCACCGCAAGCCAUGCAAGCAGAGAUCACAACUUGUUAUUCCCCUCACCGCUAGUAGAAUUGCGCCUUCCAAGUUCCACGCGCCUUUCCAGCGGCUUCCCAAUCUCGUCAUAUCGUUAUAUCAAUUCGGAUUUUCUUCGAUUCUCAUGGAAUGGAUUUCCACCAUCGCUCUUAGUAUAAAAUACCAACACCUGUGUCGAAGUGUAGAAAAAUGGUUGCUAUGCUUUAAUGCUCAUGCGGAUCUUCCUCGAGGAGUUUUGCAAGUCCGGCCGCGGGUCGUCCAUGAAUUUUUUGCUGCAUCUGUUUUUGCCCUAUCGGAAAGGCCCACGCAUUUAGGGAGUCGAAAAGUAGAGUUAGGGAGGUUUAUAUACUUCCCAAUCCCACCGUCUCGUUAUAUGGAUUCCGGAUCCUCUUCGAAGCUCAUGGGUGCCGCUGAAGUGGAUUUUGGAAAUUCAGCGCCGCUGGAGAAGUGUAGAGUUGAGGCUGAGAAGCGGAUUCGGAAGGGUUCAUAUACUCUGCGAGGGGAAGGUAUGGUGAGUAGUAAAGGGGAAGCCACCACCAAUUCUCCAGCCUCCUUCUCCUUCUCUCAGCCAGGGAUUGUACGUAUAUCUGUGCCACACUCCUCCGUCAUUUUCUUGGGUUCGAUCUGGUUCUGUAUUUCCCAAGGUCCGGUAAGUGAUUUUGGCGGCCAGAAUAUUAGCCCAUUACUUUGCAUUGUUAUUGUUUUCGAGCAACGAUGGAUUUUCUACCCCACCUUGAAACACAAAACAUGGAUCGGUGCUGUGGUCAUUUUUGCUUUGGUCGAAGGCCGUACGCAUUGUCUUAAAAUCUUCGCCUUUCAGUGGAGCCGUGAAGCUGAUGUGCAGGAAAUUGAGAACGAGGAUAGAGCAGGUCCAAAGGUGAUGAGCAAUUCUAGGUUUCAGGAAACGAUAUGUGUGCUACCGAAAUUCGAAGAGGACAAAGGAUGCGUGAACUUGGGAAGAGGAGAGCGAGAGAAGCGUGUUCAAGAGUAUGUAUACCGCUACGACCGAGUUGCGUACUCUCAAGGCCUGGUCCCUGAUAUGGGUAUGAACCGUAUGAUUAGCAUUUGUUCUCCGAUUUCCCUCCUAACCUCUAUCAAUCUUGAAUUCCUUUCCAUACGCCAACACAUAUGCCUAGUAGAGAGGCUGCUUUUGGAGGGCUGCCGGAUCAAAGCAUGGCCAAAGCUCGUUCAUAUUUCAGCUGCAGUGGCUGAUUUUUCUGCCCCCACGGGAUCUCAAAGUCCAUGGUUGUCUUUCUUCACUGCUCUGAAAGGACUGUCCCGAAGCGAUUUUAAUCUAGUCCUAGGGACGACAAGUAUGGAGGAAUAA